GUUUCCGCACGGAUUUCAAUUGACGUUGUACCGCACAUGUACAUGUGUAAACAAGGAGCUGGGUAACUUCUAGAGAACGUGACGCCUGUACCUCUGAUGGGCUGGUGGCAAUAAGCUGUUAUACUUUAUAUCACAUAUAUAAACUUCAAAAAGUCUCUAAAGUAUAAAGUCUUCGAAUAAAUAUGGCGUCCACAGAGGGGCAGUAUGAGAGCGACGACGGCAUGGACGAGUUCAUGGACAAAUUCAAGACGCAGAGAUAUAAAAAUGCCUUCUCUGAAAACAACUGGGAAGAGGAGUUUGAUAAAGUUCCCAUGUUCAUGAAAAAAGCCCCUGAAGAGAUUGACCCACAGAAGUACCCAGAACUAGCUUGUCUACAGGCCAUCAUCCACGAUGAAGACCGAACCCCCGAAGAAAUAGCAAAGAGCCUGAAAGAUGAGGGGAAUGCGUUUUUCAAAGAGAAGAGCUACGAAAAGGCCAUACUGUGCUACACAGCAGGUCUGAAGAAGAAGUGUGGUGACCAGGAAAUCGACACGGUUCUCCUCACCAACCGGGCUGCAGCACACUUCCACCUGGGUAACAUGCGCUCUGCCUUGAAUGAUGCUGCAGCUGCAAGGAAGAUCAAACCAGACCACCUGAAAGCCUUGAUCAGAGGUGUUCAGUGUUGCACGGUGCUGCGUCUCUAUGCAGAGGCCAUCCAGUGGUGUGAUGAGGGGCUCAAGGCGCAUCCCACUGACAAGAAGCUGCUGGAGCUGAGAGCAGCAGCAGAUAAACAAAAGCGAGCAAAAGAAAGAGACGCCAGGAAGGCCAAGGCCAAAGAGAAGAAGCUGCAUGGUGAGAAAGAAGCUCUACUGGCUGCUAUUAAGGCUCGAGGCAUCAAGCUCCUGCAGCCUGUGAAGUCUGCUCAGCGUGGUUCAGACAGUGAGGAAGAUGAGGCUGAUGGCUCCUCGGCAGCGAUAUCAGAGCUGAGCCUGGACGGCCUCAGCUGUAAAGAGGUCACGGGGGCUCAGGUCCACCAGGACGAGCAGGGCCUCCUCCAGUGGCCGGUUCUCUUCCUCUAUCCUGAACACCAGCAGACUGAUUUCAUCUCUGCGUUCUGUGAGAACAGCUGUUUCAUAGAUCACCUGGCGGUCAUGUUUGGAGAAGAACUCCCACCGUGGGACACAGACAGAAAAUACCACCCACAAAAUUUGCAGCUCUACUUUGAAGAUGAGCAUGAGGAGACAUUCUACAACGUAAACCCAGAAACGCCACUUUUAAAAGUGUUGCAGCAUAAAAGGUUUUUUGUCAAGGCAGGCACUCCAAGUUUCAUCGUUCUUGUAAAGGGUUCCUCAUUCUGGAAGCAGUUUUUAACAGGGAGAAAAGUACGAGGAUUGUAAAAACAAUGGCCCUCAAACACAUACACAGAUUCCUCUGACCUUGUUAUGGAAAAAAGACACCCUGGCCAAGAGGAGGACGCGCAGUGUGACACCAAAUAUCAAUGUAAAUGAAUAUAAAACAAAUGACAUUUCUAGAAGUAAUCCGUGUGGAUUCUUUCUUUUUGUACAGACAUACACUGCAGACUGACAAUUGUGUGAAUGCAAUUUUUAUUAAAUUACAUGAUUAAUGGAAAGAAGAACAUUUAAGGUAUAAACAAGUGAUGUAAGUGGUUGGCUGUUAGACCUGCCUGCCCGGUCUUUUUGCAUGGAAUUUGCCUUUGAUCAUUAUGAAUAAAUAUGAUGACACAGUU